AUUGACCGACACAUUGCUAAAUCUAUUACGAUCUUGUCUAAAGAAUGGUCAUGGAACAUCUAUUGAUCGAGAAUUGGCCAUCAAAUUGUUAAAAUUAGGAACUGAAGAUUACAACGUAAUGGCCUGGACUUGUAUUCUACAAACUUUCAUAAACGAGAUGCGAUGUGGACACAUUGACGAAGGGCAAAUCACUUAUUUAAUUAACUCAAUUCAUGAAUAUCUUGGGAAUAAAGGAGUUUGUUGUCAUUCCAAUGGAGAGUUUUUAUCUCUUUCACUCGAUUAUUCGAUCAAUCAAUCAACUAUCCUGAGAGAGAAAUUAAUUCUUAGCUGUCUUGGUUGUUUUUACAAACAAUUAGAAUGUAACUUUCUAUCAGCUCAUCCUGAAUCGGGAGUUUCUUUACAUUGGAAGGACAUGAAUACUAUUUAUAAUCAUUUUAUUCCUAAAACUUUUCCAACUUUUGAUAGUGAAAAAUGUGAUUCUAUCAAUGCAAAUACUGCAGAGCUGUUACUCAAAUUGCUUUCCAAGGUCCCUGAAAAUUUAAAUCCUGAAAGAUUUUCCAAUUCUGUCAAAGAAUAUGUCGAUCAUGGAAAAUCCAUUGAGCCGUCAUCAAGUAUUCCAAAAGAUCAUGUUACUCAAGAUCUUUACUAUUAUCUAGCUGAUUAUUACUUAAAAAACAAAGAGGUUCUAAAAGCCGUGCAAUUUUAUAUUCUUGAUUUAACUUUAAAUCGAAAUCGAUUCGAUUCAUGGGUUGGCUGUGCACUCGCAAUAACAAGUCAAAUUGAUCAAUCUUCUUCAACUAAUGGUCGAGUUUUCUACUCAUCUACUCAUGAGGUGUUGCUUUUUGGGCAAAAAGCAUUUCGUUGUUACAAUAAAGCGACUCCAUUGAAAGAUAAUAAUUCCAAGGUAUGGUUCGAAUAUGGAAAGUGCGCUUAUAACAUUGCGAGUUAUAUUUCUCGAGUCAUGAAAUUUGGACCAGUUUUGGAGAAUUCACAAAAGGAAGAGAUGAAUAAACAGCGAAAGAAAUUCUUAGAACAAGCUCGCGUUUGCUUCGAAUCAGCUAACAAAUUUGCCAAUGCUGACGAAAUUAUGAUGAAUUAUUAUUUCUUAGGAAAAAUCGCUGAGAGAAGUGACAUCUCAGAGGCACUUCGUUAUUACGAAUUAUCUUUGUCUCAUUUUGUCUCAAAUGGAGAUAUUUCUGGAAUUAAUAAUGUCAAUUCUAUUCAUUAUCGUUUUGGCAUUGAAAUUCACUAUCGUAUUCACGCUUAUGCCCUCAAGUAUAAUCAAAGAGAUAAAACUCUAUCACCGGAAAUACUGGAGGUUCUAACUCGUGCAGAAAAAAGUAUUACUCUCUUUGAUUCUGUGUCAAGAAAUAAUGAAACCAUUGAUGAUACCGGAAAGGGAAUUUCUGAUUUGGAUACUGUGAAAAGUGAAGACCAACGAUUACAUCGAAAAAUCAUAAAUCUGUGUCGUGAAGCGAUGCUUAGAAUAUUAAGAUGUUCUCCAGGUCAUUACAAAGCUCUUUCUCGAAUGGCUUAUCUUUAUUCUCUUUCUGAAGAUUUUGCAAACGCUCGAAAGAUACUCACCGAGCCAUUUGAACCGCCAACUCAUCCUCAAAGUUCUACUACUUCCGAAAUUGGGGAUAAUUCAACUGAAACAGUAAAAUCUUCACCCAUUCAAGAUCUUUUCGACACGACUAAAUGUAACUAUUAUAUAUUCCAUGGAAUCCUGAAGACAUUGAACUACUCAAUCGAGAGACCAGGAAGUUUCUGUACUCACAUCCGUCGAUCGACAGAUUUACUGAUUGAUGAAUAA